AUGUCGUUUGUGAACUAUUUAAAACUGUUAAGAUUUGUCUGCUAUAAGUGCUUGGAUCCUUUACAAAGAAGCGACAGGAAUACAAAUACAAUGAAAACAGUUCUUGUUUCAAUUAGGAACAGAUUUCCACCAAUAACAGAGCUGCAAGACAGAAAAAUUCAUCAGAACAUUAAAAGAGAAAAUUGUCAACAUCUGAAAUGACAUCCACCUCACCAACACAGUCAGGAAACAUGUGGGCCAUCCUGAAACUAUGGAACAAAUAUACUAUAAAUUUAGGUUCCAUACAGAACCAAAUUUUCACUCAAGAGCACUCAAGUUAUACUGAUAUGAC